AUGCGCGGUAUGCUCAGAACAUCAUACUUCUGUUAUUACAUACGGCUGCAGACGAAGUUUGAGGCGGAUUCAAAAAGCAGAAUCUUCAACAUCAAAACCGAGAGUACUACGUGCGAGACAGGGUCCAAGAAAGCAGGCUUGAUCAUGGAUAAGAAGUGGUAA